AUGUGCGCAGGAGACCUGCUGGUGAUGGACGACGAAGGGUACCUGUACUUCAAGGACCGCACGGGCGACACCUUCAGGUGGAAGGGCGAGAACGUGAGCACCGCUGAGGUGGAGAACCACCUCUCUGCCCUCGUCAGGAGCAGCGACCUCUGCGUCUACGGCGUCCAAAUCCCCCAGACGGAGGGCAGGGCGGGCAUGGCGGCGGUGGUGGACGUGGACGGGUCGCUGGACGUGCAGGAGGUGGCCAGGGGCGUGACGGCUCUGCUGCCUGCCUACGCGCGCCCGCUGCUACUUAGGACCGUCAAGCAUAUGGAGAUGACCGGUACAUACAAAUUACGGAAGACCGAGCUGCAAAAAGAAGGCUUCGACAUCACCGUCAUCAAGGACCCGGUCUACAUCCUCGACCCCAAAUCCGUCACAUACAAGCGUCUGGAUGAGCGGCUCUAUGAACAGCUCAUGUCGGGCGCUCUCAAGGUCUAGUUAUUGGGUUAGAAGUCUCAAGGUCUGGCGUCAAGGCAUCAAGGUCUGGCGUCAAGGUCUAUGUGAGCAUCGAGGUCUUGGCGUCAAGUUCUAUGUAGGCAUCGAGGUCUCGGCGUCAACGUCUAUGUAGGCAUCGAGGUCUUGGCGUCAAGUUCUAUGUAGGCAUCGAGGUCUCGGCGUCAACGUCUAUGUAGGCAUCGAGGUCUUGGCGUCAAGGUCUAUGUAGGCAUCGAGGUCUCGGCGUCAAGGUCUAUGUAGGCAUCGAGGUCUCGGCGUUAAGGUCUAUGUAGGCAUCGAGGUCUCAGUGUCAAGGUCUAUGUAGGCAUCGAGGUCUCGGCGUCAAGGUCUAUGUAGGCAUCGAGGUCUCGGCGUUAAGGUCUAUGUAGGCAUCGAGGUCUCGGUGUCAAGGUCUAUGUAGGCAUCGAUGUCUAAGUGUCAAGGUCCAAAAGCCAUGGUCGUUGUGUCAAUGUUGUAAGUCUCAAGGUCUAUAAGGAAAGAGAUCUAGAUAGGUAUCAAGGUCCUUGUGUAUGGUCUUGGCGUCAAGAUUUAGGUGUCGAGGUGUUGGUCGGAACAGCUUUGAGAGCGAAUAGAUGUCUAGCUCGACCUUCAUUAUUUUAAGCAUUGUGGCAUAUGGCGAUUAAUUUUUAAAGCAUUCAGCCAGUUACUUUUGAAGAUAAUUAUAAAUAUGAUAGUACGAUGUCAUCGACAGAUGUGCGUGUAUCUUCACGAAAUGAGCAUUUCUUGAAAUAAAAAGUAAAUAAAUGGAAAAUUUUAACCAUCUCUGAAAAAAAGGUCUUAACUGCCCCGUUUUUAUAGGAAUAAAUGUCAGUUGCGACUCCAACUUCUGCCAUUUUUAACUGCGCUUAUGUUUCAAUGCGCGGCUGUGAUGAUUGUCAUUUCAAAUAUGUAUUGUUCUGUUGAAUUAUCUGUACUACUUACUUCAAUAAUGUUCUGAUUGAGGAUUGUUCUUUGCUCCCACUUGUUGGGGUGGUGCAAUGAAACCAAUCAAAUGGUCACAUAUUUGAGCGAUUUCUAAUUGUUAAAAUAAAUUUAUUUCCUUCGAUUUAGGAAUUUUAGCUAUGGAUUUUAUAUUCCGAGAUUUUAAUUUACAAAAAAGUUUGAAGAAUUGUUGAUAAGUUCAAUUCGUGAUGGCGCGUAACCAGAAUUUAGUUGAGUUGUGUAAGAUUUUGCUCCUUCUGUCAAGAUCCUCUGAUUAAAGCUGUACUCUUGUAUGGAUUGCUAUAAAUUCCUAGGUUGAGUCCUCGUGUAUGAUUUUUUGGCCAGAUCAUAAUCCUUGCAUAAUUAUUUAUUGCAUAUACUCAUUUGUAUAGAGAAUACAUACUUUAUUUUUUGAACUUUAUACUUUUUUUCUAUUAUUAUUACAUCAGUAGGCGUUGCUGGACCCGCCAGCGGUCUGGAGUCCGAUAAACUCUGCGGGCUGGAGUCCGAUAAACUCAGUGGGCUGAAGUCCGAUAAACUCAGCGGGCUGAAGUCCGAUAAACUCAGCGGGCUGGUGUCCGAUAGACGCAGCGGGCUGGUGUCCGAUAGACGCAGCGGGCUGGUGUCGCAAGCAUUGUUGUGUUGGUAGACGACGCGUGUUGUAGUCUUAAGACAUAGUGUGUAGACUCAGCGUGCGUCCAAAGCUGUAGUUAUUCCUAUAGUUUAUCUCCUUCUAGUAAUUAAUUGUGGGGUCCUAAGUUGCUCAUUCCUGCCAUCUUGCAAUGCGCCAUAAAAUAUUUACUGUAGCUAUGAGAAGAAUCUGCUCUCAGUCUUCAGAUAAUAUCUACUAAGAAUUACAUUCUUUAUUUUCUCUCGCUGCUUUAGUGUUGAACGAACUGUGAUGAUUAAAAAUUAAUUCAUGGGAUAAAUUAGAAAUUAUGCUGCGAUUUUCCAGAUUCACUACAAUUUCUCAAAUGAAAGUUUUUCUUGAAAGCUCAAUUCGAAUGCUGUGAGAAUAUAACAUUUACCUCAAGUCAACCUGUAGGUGAUUGAAGAUACAUAAUUUUUGCCCUUGUAUAUGUCGGAGUUGUUAUAGAAUAAUAAGGUUAUAUAUGGGAUAUCCCUGAUGAGUUUGACCGUAGCUGAGAGGAAUUUUCUUGGCUUCUGCUGUAAGGGAGAUGAGUUAAGCUUGAAGUGAACUUCGAUAAAAGGGAUGAAGGUUUUUUCUGUUUUGUCGGCUUGACAUAUAACGGAUCAUAGAAUUCAUGUCCCUCCACCAGUUGUCGAUGUUGAGCGAUUACUCGAUUUGCUAGUUAAGGUCUUGGACAUUUUUCAUGUUUUCGACGAGUUGAAACUUCGUGCGUCGUGCAGGACUGAGGCUGGUUUCUGCUUGUUGUAUUGGCUCCUCCUCAGUGUCGGCCUCGAAAUUUUUUAACUUUCUUCGUUAUAUGGGAAUUCUCUAAUUUAUGACACCAUAAUUGCUAAUAAAAACGAUGAUUUGUACUAAUUUUUAAUUUAAAUUUAUUUUCAUUUGAAUAGAAAUAUACUGGCUCUUUAAUUUUAUUGUAGCGUAAAUUUGAGUAAAGUCAUCACCCUCUAAUCCAUCGACUGCAUUUAUAUUUUUUUAAUGCGAAUAAUAAAUUUAAAUAAAGAUAUCAACCUUUUGGAUUUUAGGUCAUUCAAUUGGUAAAGUCGAACUAGGCUUGUCUUCUCGCUUUC